CGCGUUCCCAGCACUGUAAUGACGUUAUUCCCGCGCGUGGCAUUGUGGGAAGCCCUCAGUCCUCCAAGCUCUCUCUCCUCCGCUCUCCCCCCGCCCGUUGGAAAAAAAAGAAAAAAAAAACAUGGCUGCUCCGGCGGCAGCGGCGCGUUCUUGCCCCGGUUUGUGCCCGAGCUUCGCCGUGGUCUGCUCUUUCCUGGAGCGGUACGGGCCCGCACUGGACCUGCCAGAGCUGACCUUUCCACAGAUGGAGCGAUAUCUGCAAGAUACGGCAACGGUUCCCAAGCUUUUGGUUGAGCUUCACGUGAAGCUGAUGAGGAAGAUCGGCAAAUCCGUAUCAGCUGACAGAUGGGAAAAGUAUUUGGUCAAGAUGUGUCAGGACUUCAACACCACAUGGGCUUGGGAGCUGGAGAAGAAGGGCUAUAUGGAGAUGUCCAUAGAGAGCAAGGCAGGAAUCCUCAAAUACUUGUGUGAGUGCCAGUUCGAUGACAACCUCAAGUUCAAGACGGCAGUCAACGAGGAGGAUCCAGAUCAAAUGCGAAUUCGGCCCUUAGGCCGAGAUAAGGAUGGCCUGAUGUACUGGUUCCAGCUGGACCAGGAUCACAAUGUGAGGAUCUAUGUGGAGGAGCAGGAUGACCUGGACGGAUCCUCCUGGAGGUGCAUUGUCAGAACAAGAGACGAACUGGCUGAGAUCCUGGAGCUCCUGAAGGCCCAGAUCGACCCAGCGCUGCUGACCAAGAAGGAGAUGCUGGAGGACCCGACUGGCACCAGCCCACGUCAGGAGGAUGAGGAUGUCAAGAAGGAGGUGCCAGAAGAUCAAUCUGGAAUUCUAAAGAAGUCUAUGAAAUCUGAAGAACCUUCAGAAGAGGAUGGCAGUGCUUUGGUCAAGGACAGCUUAUGUUCUCCCUCCACAAAAUGUUCAGAUAAGGAUGGAUCCUCCGGAACAAGAGACAGGAAAUGUUUCAUGCAGGAGAUCAAACCUGCACUGCUGGAGAAUAAAGAGAAUAGGAUGACCUUGGAGUCACCAUUUAAGUUGGAAAAGCCAGUUAUAGACAACAAGGUCAGAACUAUCACUGCUGUCAUCAAAGAAGAACCAAAAGAGUUGGACAACCUCAAGAGCCAAAUAUCACUGACUGCUGAGGGUCCAGCCAGGCUGAAGACCCAGGAGGAAAUGAGGGAGAAGACACCAGAGGAGGUGGAAAGAGCCAUCAAAAAUGAUCAGCAGGCCAAAAUCCCAUUAAAGAAGAGGGAGCUCAAACUGAGAGAAGACUUUGACAAUGGAUCUAGUAUCAUUGUCCGAAACCCAUCAGUUGCUCCUGCGAAGGAACUACUGAGGGACGAGGCAGAGAAAGCUGGAGAGAAGAGCAGAGCACAACCUAGCACUUUGGGAGGUGUGGAAAAGGAGGCUAGAGGCAACCUUGUCAAUGGGGAGUCUCAGAACCCCAAGGAAGCUCACGACAGCAGCAGAAUCAAUGACCACUUCAUGGAAGGUCCAGCAGGCAAGAGGGCCUCAAGCGGGAACACGGAGCAGGGUGGCAUUGCUGCCAAAGAAAAAAAAAACGGACUCGUGGGAGAUGGUGUGAAAACUGCACUGAAUAUGAUGAUGAGGAAUGAGGAAGAUAAGCCCAUUGAGCCCGAGAGAAUGAAACUGUCUGAAUUGGACAGGAAGUGCAUAGUCGUGGGGAAAAAAGAACACAUUUCUGCGGCUGAGGUGGUGGAUGAGAAAAAAUCAAGAGCCUCUUCUGAAGAGGGGCAACAUGUCCCCAUUACUCAGGACUCUCCCCCCCCAGUAGGAAACCAUGAGAUGACCAUGACAGCAGCCCAGAGUUUGUCCAAGAAGACUGAGGUAGGCUCCCCGCACAAAGACAAACAGGAGUCUAAGGGAUCAGAUAAGAGUGGAACUAAACUCAAAGGAGCAUCCAGUACUGAAUCUGGUCCUGUUCAGCGAGAGGCUGCCGAAGGAAAAGUCAAGAUGGUAGCUGCCAAGAGUAAAGAGGGUCGCAAGAUUGCAGGUGAUGAAGAGAAGGAGAGUAAAUCAAGGAAAUGCUCAUCGGGAAAAAACGGGAAGGAGGGGAAAAGGGUCGGGAAUGAGCAAGAGAACAGGGAGGAAAAGACUGAGAAAAUGGAUUCACAAGAAAAGAGCAAGGUGGUGGAUGAAUCUGGAACAUUGCCCCCCCAGCAAGACCCUGGCCCGGUAAUGAAGGAAGGAAACGAAGAUGAAGAGGUGUCAUCGGAAAUCCAAAAGGAGGGCAUACGGCUAAAGAUCAAGAUUCCUGCACAUCGGAGGAAGCUGGCUAUCCAGCAGCAGCAGGAGGAGAAGAAGAUGGACUCGGACACCCAGGUCAUGGACGGGAGGUGUUUGAGAAGGUCCCCAAGGAUAUGUCGCCCUACCGCUAAGCUGGCAGAAAUUCAAGACAUGAAGCUGGAGAAGAAGCAGGCAUCUGCACUGGUCCACGAAGAAGAGGAUGAAGAUGAGGAAGCAAAGCCUACUCAGAAGAAGCAACGGGAGAACUCAAGAAAAUGUAACCAGGACAGCCAGACAAAGACAAAGCUGGCAAAGGGAAAGCGACGGCACCGGGGCACCAGGCCGUCAAGCACCCGCAGUAACUUGCGCCGGACGAAGAGAUCCAGCGAGGAGGAGGAGGAGGAAGACGAGAGUGAGGAGGAGGACAGCGACGAGGACUACACGGUGGAGAAGGGCAAGGUCCGGAGUGCCUCCGACUCGAAAUCGGACGAGACCCCCAAUGAUGACCCAUGUAAACACUGUGGCCUGCCGAACCAUCCUGAACUGAUCUUGCUGUGUGACUCCUGCGACAGCGGGUACCACACCGCCUGCCUGCGGCCUCCGCUCAUGAUCAUCCCGGAUGGAGAGUGGUUCUGCCCGCCAUGCCAGCACAAAUUUCUGUGCGAGAAACUGGAGGACCAGCUCCAGAACCUGGACACGGCCCUGAAGAAGCGGGAGCGGGCAGAGAGGCGGCGGGAACGUCUGGUUUACGUGGGGAUCAGUGUUGAGAACAUCAUUCCUCCUCCCGUAAGUACGGCGGACAUGGAUUUGAACAUCCCUCAGGAGGCUGAAGCCGACAAGAAAAGCCAAGAAACAAAAAAAGACGCCAAAAAGAGCAGGAGUUCGGGGAGGAGGUCUACAAGGACGAAGAAGUGCAUUAGCUACAGGUUCGAUGAGUUUGAUGAAGCCAUAGAUGAAGCCAUCGAGGAGGACAUAAUGGAAGCAGAAGGCGGAGGUUCUGGUCGGGGCAAAGACAUGGCCAACAUCACGGGCCACCAGGGCAGGGACAGGUCUGUCACCCUGCAGGAGGAGGGCAAGGAGAACCGGCGGCCCGUCAGACCAGCCGUGAUGCAGCGGGGGAGGAAACGACGGGGUAUCAACGACCUGGACAGUGACAGCACCGUCCAGGAGGAAGAGAGUGAGGAUGAGUUCUGUCUGAGCAGCAGAGCCAGUUCCAACGAGGAUGAGGUGUUGGUGUCGGAGGACGAUGGCGAGAGUGACGCGGAGAUUCGCUCCAACGAGGACAGCGAGUUCGGCAGCGACUAUGGCGGCGCUGGGCGCAGGCCACGGAUACGCCCGUCGCAGACGAAGAGGAGAGGGGGCAGGAGGUGGGGAAGGAGGCAGCUCCCAUGGAAACGGGCAGCGUCCUCCUCCGAGGACGAAGAGGAAAUGAAUGAAGAAGAGGAGGAAGAGGAGGAGGAAAUGUUGAGCGAGGACUCUGCCGACCUGAGUGAUGACACCUUGGACCUGCGUAGACGACGGUCCAGGCGGAGCCACCAGAGGCAGGUCAACUACUGCGAGACAUCGGACAGCGAGGGGUCACAGGCCCCCACCAACCGGAAUCGGCCCAAAGGCCACCGGCGCCGUCUGUCCAGCUCUGACAGCGAAGGAGACCUCCGCUUAAACAAGUUGUCGGACGAUGGCGACAGAGACGGCAGGAUCUCGAAGAAGAAGAAGGCGGCGGUGAUGAAGGACGAUUCCUCUGAGGAAGAGUCCAGGAGGCAGCGCAGCCCAAGGACGCUGAAGCGACGGAGGGCCUCGGAGGAAGACGAGGAGGAGGAUGACUCUGAAGGGUCUGAGGAGGAGGAGCGGCCUGUUCGUAAGAGGCUGAACCGCAUCGAGACGGAUGAGGACGAUGAGGAAGAGGAGAAGAUGACUCCCUCUGCGGUACAAAGUGAUGCCACAAAGAGAGCCCCGAGGACAGCCGGCGGGGGUGAGGGGGGAGAAAAGAAAGGAAGGUCGGGGGCGGCUCCCUCCACCAAUGGACAGGCAGCAGCCAGGGGUCUCGAGGGCCCAGUCCAGGCCGCGAGGGCAGGGCCAAAGCAUAGCGGGACGGCGGUUUCUAAUGGCGCAGGGUCCCAGGAGGAGGAAGAGGAUGACCUCCUGGGGGUCACUGACCUUGUGGACUACGUGUGUAACAGCGGACAGCUAUAGAUGUUCUGCUCAUGUUCAGGUUGAUUUUUUUUUUCCCUGCCUUCUACCAGCUGAUGAAGCCGCCCCAAGGCGGCAUGAAGAGACGGCAUUCGUGAGGGUCUCCAAGUCCCUCUGUCUCCCUCACACACACACACACACAUACGCACAGCGGCCUGCCUCAGAGUCCACAGACUCAAAGAUCUUCUGAGAUCCACAAUUCUCCAGAGGAACAUUCGUAUUCCUGUCACCCAAGCUGACAUUGUGUUUUAGGCUGACGUCUAACUGUAUGUGUCUGUUGGUCCCGGUAAGAGGUAGGCGGACUGUAGAAUUUAUACGUUUUAUAUAAAAGCGGACCUGUAAAAACAAAAACAAAAAAAUGUGUGGGAUGGUUCUGGGACGUUUAAGGCUGCAGUCCAUUGCUCCAGAAGAGAGCAGUGCUGGGAAGGGUGGUUCCCUUGGCAGACCCCACGUGUGUCGUCAUUCUGAACAAGGGAAAGCGUCACAGAGAGCGGUGGGACAGCUCUGAACCCCACCCUGAACGCAAACACGGAGGCCAUCAACUAUAAACUUGAUAUAUCACCAGGGCAUCGUUUCCCCACAGAAACUUUUAGAUAUCCAUUUAACAUCGUACGGUCUGGCACAACUGAAACUGUCUUGACUCUGACGCUUCAUCCUCGGAUUUCUGGACAUUAGCAGAAGCUCCACUUGGAGGGGGUGAUUUGAGAAUUUGCCUUGAAAUGGUAUUUGAGAAAACUCAAGUUUGAACUGAGCUAUCCGUAGGCAGUGAUUGGCACUUAGCUGACCAUCUCCGGUGUCCUUUGUGUUUCCAGUAACAUCAUGAAUAUGUCACCCAUGCAUAAACUAAUGUGAUUAAAACAAACUUCUAGGUGUGUCUUGACACCAGGCAGGCAUAUAUUUUCACGAAACCUUCCUAGAUGUGGCAGUUCCUCAUUUAUUGUCAGCACUUUCAUCGCACUAGUGCACAUUAGAAUGAAUUGUGCUUCCCAAAUGGAUUGACAGUUUGAUUUUGAGUUUAUUCUAUAAAGCAGCUUUGGCCCAAACUCUUUAAUGAAAGGAUGGUGUUUUGUUUUUGCUGGCUAUUCUGCCAUCUGUGGAAGGAUGGGAAGGAAGCUUUGGAAAGGUGAACCGCUCCAGGUCUGAUGAGGAUCGGCCAAAGGUCUGACCUGUGGUCCGUGUUAAUCUAGUUACACUUCUUGGAGAAAAAGCAAUUUUGGGCAUUGUUAGGCCUAAGGGGUAAUAUGGUCAGUAGAAUCUACUUUCUCUUUGAAAUGACGGACAUUUAUUUCUUGAACUCAACUGAUCGAUAUCUUAUUUGUUCACUGUGUUCCAGAUUUUUUUAAAUAUGUAUUUUAAUUGUUCUCUCGUUUUAUAAACGCUAUCACGUCUGACGUGAAAUUUAGCAUCCUGUUCGGAAAGCUAAAGUUCUGGCUCCAAAAAACAUUGAGAUGCCGUGGUGUGUGUCAGCCAGGAUCUGGCUGUGCGAGCAAGCCGGACCGGUUCGCAAUGGAGGGUGAAUGUGCAGGAGAGAGCUGUUUUUGUUGCGGUUAAGGCAGGCUUCAGUUUUCAGCUAAGGACAGGGACCAAAGAGUGUCCACGCGAUGGAGCAUGGAUGGACUGGUCCGGUCCCGGAAAGUGGCAUGUGGAUACUACCCAGGAUCCUCUGCUUUCAAACUUCAACGUUGUGAAUUAAUUUCCUAAACCUUUACUCCCCCCCCACCCACAGUAGCUCUUGCAAUUACUAUGGCAGACAUGCUGGUGCGGUAAAUGCUGCCGGUGCAGGGAGCACGUGGAAUAUUAAUUAAAACCUGGCUGGUAGACCGUGCAUGGAAGACCUCUUUCUCUGUCACGUCCUGAUGGUGCCUGUAGGUGUGAGCAUUGAGGAAGAUGAAGCUCCUCCAUACCACCCUCAUCCCGAUCCGGAGUAGAGUCUGUACGUUAAACAGUGAAAAUAAACCUAACAUCUAUCUACAUUGUGUGUAUAUUUGUAGUUUACGAUGUAACAUAUUUAGAUGCUUUUAAAUAAUCAAAAUAUAUAUUAGCAAUUCUUUGUGAUUGCAGUUGUUAAUAAGGUUUUGUAGUUAGCUAUGAUAUUUGCACAAUUUUUUUGUAACAAGCUACAACGCGGCAUGGUGGACGUACUACAGAUAGUACGCACCUCUGCCCGAGUGUUUGCAGGAUCGAAGCCCCAUAGUCCUGACGCAUCAUGCUCAGUAGCCCGUGCUGCACCAUAGGCGGGACCAAAACAACUCGCUCAGCUUGUCGCUGGGGUGGGCAACACUAAGGCUGGGUAACUUUGCUGUGGUCCAAAUCGUGUUGUAUAGUGACAGUAACUUAGAAACACUGGCUUAUGGAGGUGCAGCCAAUAUGUACUGGGAAAAACGACGUCUGCUGUCACGUGGGUUAACUGAGACUGCUGGCUUUUUCCCAGGAUGCCCUGUGUCCCCCAGAUUAAUUAAGAAAACAGUGCAUGAACGAGGUCACACUUAUGCAAUUUCUGCAGAUUUACCUGUGCUACAUCUUUCAGUUACAAUUUUCCCAUUUUGUACUUAAUUUUCCUGAGCAAAGUGAGCUUAAAUAACAUACGUUGUUUUUGUAUAAAUCUCAGUGUGUUGGAUGCUUUAAGUGAGCAAAGCCCAUUUGUUUGUCUGUAAUGCUGUUACAUGAAAGUCAAACUCUGUGACGAACGUGAAGUUAGACCACCACUGCUGUCCGUAUCCACGUGCACUUCUACAAGAACAUUUUGUUAAACCUGCUGAAAUUUCUUUCAUAUGGACAAAAGACUUGUACAUUUUGUCAUAAUAAAGAAAAUUUAAAAUAUGACCUUCUACAGAAUCACGCCA